AUGGUGCUAGCCAUAGCGCAGUUAGAUAUCCUCGACGUAAAUUUGAGGAAAGUCACAGCUGAAAAUAAAAUUGAAGACACCGAUGGAGAGAUGUCAAGGUCACCCAUACAUAGAGCCAAGGAAGACGUCAUGAAAAUGAAUCAAUGUAUCAUACAUUUUAUCCAAGUUUGCAGGUUUUGUGAGCUGGUUAAAGAUGUAUUCAGUGCCACAUUAUUUGUGCAAUUUGGUGCAGCGUCAUGUAUUAUAUGCGUUUGUUUGUUGAGAUUUACUAUGCCUGCACCAAUGGGAUAUAAUAUAUUUUUGGCUACUUACAUGACCGUUAUGAUUCUACAAAUAAUGGCUCCUUGUUGGCUUGGCACUCGUAUAAUGGUUAAGAGUCAACUUCUUACAUUUUCCGUGUACAAUUGUGACUGGACAUCACGAUCGCGUCAGUUCAAGAGCAACAUGCGUUUCUUUGUGGACAGGGCUAACAAACCUCUUUCCAUUACUGGCGGAAAAAUGUUCAUAUUAUCACUGGACACUUUUACUUCUAUUAUAAACUCAGCUUAUUCAUUCUUCACUCUACUCCAGCACUUCCAAAAAGAAUAACAACACCUUUUAUUACAACACAGAAAAGUUUGGUGGGGCACUUGAAGUUUUAAUCAUAAUUUUAACAAUGUUUUUACGAAGAUGUGCACUUUGAUAAACUAAAAACUGUUUAUACUAUUCUACUAUCACACACUUUAUUGUUCUCAAAAAAAUUACUUUCGGAUACAGUGGCAAAUGAGCAGGCAGAUUACCUGAAGUUAAGCAACCAGUGGCCAUUCUCAGCAAAGAUUGAAAAGUGCGGAAUUAC